GAAAUAUGCAAAAAUAAUUAUACUCGGUGGGGUCAAGAUCCCCUAUGUCCCAUACCCCAAUUUAAUGGAAAUGAACCAGUGACAUGGAAAUGGGUAGUAGCCCCAAUGGCCCUCUAUGUCAUUGAAAGGCUUAUACGAUUUUGGAGAUCACAACAAAAAGUUGUAAUUACAAAGGUUGUUACACAUCCCUUUAAGACAUAUGAACUGCAGAUGAAAAUGAAAGGCUUUAAAAUGGAAGUUGGCCAGUAUGUCUUUGUACAGUGUCCUGCCGUAUCCAGUCUAGAGUGGCAUCCUUUUACUUUGACUUCUGCCCCAGAAGAGGACUUCUUCAGCAUUCACAUUAGAAUAGUUGGAGACUGGACUGAAGGAUUGUUUAAAGCCUUGGGAUGUGACAAGACUGAAACUCAGGAGGCUUGGCAGCUGCCUAAAAUUUCCAUAGAUGGUCCAUUUGGAACAGCAAGUGAGGAUGUGUUUGACUAUGAGGUUGCUAUGCUGGUUGGAGCAGGAAUUGGAGUUACUCCGUUUGCUUCUGUCUUGAAGUCUGUCUGGUAUAAAUACCUCAACAAUGUGUCAACUCUAAGGUUAAAAAAGAUUUAUUUCUAUUGGCUGUGCCGAGAAACCCAAGCUUUUGAAUGGUUUGCUGAUUUGCUGCAAUCCCUGGAGACUCAAAUGCAAGAAAAGAACAAUCCUGAUUUUCUCAGCUACAACAUCUACCUUACUGGAUGGGAUGAAAGUCAGGCCACUGCAUUCUCAUUGCACCACGACCAAGAGAAGGAUGUGAUCACUGGACUUAAGCAAAAGACCUUGUAUGGAAGACCCAAUUGGGAAAAUGAGUUCAAGAAUAUUAGCAGUGCACAUUCAAGUUCCAGAGUGGGUGUUUUUCUGUGUGGACCUGAAAGUCUUGCCGAAACCCUCAGUAAGCUGUGCAUCGGAAACUCUAGCGUGGACCCGAGAGGCAUACACUUCAUCUUCAACAAAGAAAACUUCUAA